GUUUCGGUGUUGUCGGGAUAACGGCCAAAAAGAAGAUUCUUGUGACAGGCCCGACCGGAGUGUCCGAAGCCCGGCCGGAACCCGACCGCGGGGCCCCAUAGAACCGUCAGGAAAGGGGAGAGUCCCUCAGCGCCUGUCUUCCCUACUCCCUUCAGAGUGGACUUCAAUUCCGGCCGGCGCGAGGCCUGACGUUUUCCGCGGCUCGAACUGUUUCCCGCCGGAAUCCUGUUUCUUGCCAGAGUGCUCGCCAGCUGCCCGGGGCUCUGUGCUCUGAGCUCCGAGGCUACAGGAGCCUAUGGUCUUUAAGCAAGCAGUGGUACUAAAAUGGAAUAGAUCUCGGUAGAGGAAGGCACCUUCCUGAUCCGUUCGCCUCUUGGGGACGCUGUGGAAAGAUCCAUAAAAAAAGCAGAUAUGUCUGAAAAAGGUGAUUUACUUUCUACUGAACAAACAGAAAAAAGAGAACCACGAACUGAAAACAAAGCUGAAGAUAGUGAGGAUGAUGAAGAGGAGGAAGAAGAGGAAGAGGAAAAAGAAAAGAGCCUCAUUGUUGAAGGAAAGCGAGAGAAGAAGAAAGUAGAAAGAUUGACAAUACAGGUGUCUUCAUUACAGAAGGAACCUUUUACAAUUACACCAGGAAAGGGUCAAAAACUUUGUGAAAUUGAAAGAAUACAAUACUUUUUAAGCAAGAAGAAAACUGAUGAACUUCGAAAUUUGCACAAACUUCUUUACAACAGGCCAGGCACAGUUGCUUCAUUGAAAAAGAAUGUAGGACAGUUCAGUGGCUUUCCAUUUGAAAAAGGAAGUGAUCAAUACAAGAAAAAGGAAGAAAUGCUGAAAAAAUACAGAAAUGCAAUGCUAAAAAGCAUAUGUGAAGUUCUUGAUUUGGAAAGAUCAGGAGUUAACAGUGAACUGGUAGCAAGAAUCUUAAAUUUCCUAAUGCAUCCAAAACCUUCAGGCAAGCCAUUGCCAAAAUCCAAGAAAACAUCCAAAAAAGGUGGUAAAAAAGAACGUAGUAGCUCUGGAACAGCACGGAAAGCCAAACACACCAAAUGUCCUGAAAUCCUGACUGAUGAAUCUAGUAGUGAGGACGAUGAAAAGAAAAGGAAAGAUGAAUCAUCUGAGGAAGAUAAAGAAAGUGAAGAAGAGCGACCUAAAAAAACAGCAAAGAAAGAAAAACCCAAACAAAAAGUAGCUUCAAAAAGCAAAAAGGGUUCAAAAAAUGCUAAUGUUAAGAAAGCAGAUAGCAGUACAACCAAGAAGAGUCAAAAUUCUUCCAAAAAAGAAAGUGAAUCUGAGAAUAGUUCAGAUGACGAGCCUUUAAUUAAAAAAUUGAAAAAGCCACCCACAAAUGAAGAAUUGAAAGAAACUGUGAAGAAACUACUUGCUGAUGCAAAUUUGGAGGAAGUUACUAUGAAACAAAUUUGUAAAGAGGUAUAUAAAAACUAUCCCAGUUAUGACUUAUCUGACAGAAAAGAAUUCAUCAAAAAGACAGUGAAAGAGCUCAUUUCAUGAUCUAAUGGGAAGAAAAUGAAGACUACAGUCUUGUUCUCCUGGAUUUAAAUAUUUUAGAAAUACCAGCAAAAUGUAAACUUUAUUAUUUUUGUUCUGAUUUUUAUUUUGCUCUUUUGGUAUUAAUUAGUCAGAGAUGACUAUUGGCUUAAUGUUCUGAGUGUUGAUGGGAUUUACCAACUUUUUAAAAAAUGAGUUUAAUAUAAUUUCUAAAUUUUGCAUGAUAAUACAUGCCUCCUACUUUUACUUUGUACAUUAUGAUAUUU